AUGGCACUUCCUGACCCACCAGAUAGUAUGAAAUCGAUCACAAUGUUCUUGAAAUGUGCCACUGAACACGACACUCGGGACCCGGUGGUUGCUUACUACUGUCGACUUUGUGCUUUUCAGAAAGGAUUUGGCAUUGAUGCUUCUUCGCAAGCAGCCAAGUCUUUUCUAAAUAAACUAAUGUCACAUUUGGAGGCCAGCAAAAAGCAGCUGGCGACAAACGAGUGUAUUACAAGUGAAACACUUGGAUUGGCACAUGUAGAAUCGUACGCGUUGAAGUUGUUCAACUUUGCUUGUCAACGGGAUCUGAACGCCGAUUUCGGGAGGGCCACCGUGAAAUCUUUCUAUACGGCUGGUGUUUUGCUGGAUGUUGCUACCACUCUGGGCAAUCCGAAUGAUGAGUUGGAAAAGGCAAGGAAAUAUGCCAAAUGGAAAGCGGUUUAUAUAAUCCAAUGUCAGAAGAAUGGCGAAACACCGGUAGCCGGUCCUGCUGCAGCAAAUGAAAAUGAUGACUUACCAACUCGCGCCACCACCGCGUUAUUGAUCGCGAUCUCGUGA